UUCCCUGUCGUAAUACAGCAAGCAUGGCAGCACGGACACUGACCAGAGGAUUAUGGGGGCUACGGCAAUCCAGGGCUGCUGUGAUGGGGUUUCCCUGUGGUGGACAAACCUAUACCACUGCAGCGUCCAUCAAAGUACCCCAAAUCCAGACUGAAGACGUUUCAGACAAAGUGUUGGGCCUCCCACUGCAGAAGCCGGACUUUUUCCGUGUGUCUGAGCUCUUCUCGUUGAAAGACCUAUUUGAUGCCAGAGUGCAUCUUGGUCAUAAAAAAGGCUGCAGGCACAGGCUUAUGGAGCCGUACCUCUAUGGCUGCCGUUUGGACCAUGAUAUAAUCGAUCUCGACCAGACAGUGGAGCACCUUCAGCUAGCCCUGAACUUCACCGCCCAUGUAGCAUACCGUGGCGGCGUCAUACUCUUCAUCAGCCGCCGGCGUCAAUUCUGCCACUUGGUGGAGACCACCGCUAAGGACUGUGGAGAGUACGCCCACACGCGGUACUGGCAGGGUGGCUUGCUUACCAAUGCCCACACCCAGUACGGCCCAGGAGUUCGUUUACCAGACGUCAUCAUCUUCCUCUCAACUCUCAACAAUGUGUUCCAGCAGCAUGUGGCCAUCAGAGAUGCGGCCAAGAUGAACAUUCCCACAGUGGGGGUGGUGGACUCAAACUGCAACCCCAGCCUGGUGACAUACCCCGUGCCUGGGAAUGAUGACACUCCGGUUGCCAUGGAGCUGUACUGUCGCUUAUUCAAGAUGACUAUUAACCGAGCCAAGGACAAAAGAAGACAGAUGGAGCUAGUGCACGGCCUGUCGGCACCCUCCUCACCAAGCUCAUGACAUUAUACAUUCUUAAAUUAAAGACUUUAAAUAACGCAGUUACGAGUCCAGACUGUCUGCUGCUCCCCUUCAUCUUGCAUCUGUACUUGGAAAAGAUGUUUGUUUUCAGGGCCACAGUGCUGUCUUGUGUCAUGGAUGAAGAUGUGUGUAUGUCACUUAUAAAUGAAUCUUGUUUCUGUGACAUAUAUGCUAUGGUCUUUUUCAUUUAAUAUAUUUCUUACAGUGUACCUUUUUAAGAUGCUUUGCAGCUGUGUACGUAUUGUUACUGCUGUGCACCACUGAUACAAGAAUGACUGUUUACACGGACCGCCAUUGUUUGACUUUUAACAAUCCCAUAUAGACAGGACUUUGUGUUACUGUUGAAUUCAUGUUAAUGCUCCUAGGAUGUAGAACGUAACCUGGAUAAUAACUAAAAUGCAUUACAUGACAGCAGAUCAAUGUGGUGUAACGCUGAGAUUAUGUUUGUACCAUUUCUCCAAAAAAAGAACCAAAGAGAGAAACUGUACAAUAGAGUGCUUAAACAUCUUAAAUGAGUUUUAAAUAAUCUGGCAAUUUAAAUUUACAAGCAGACAGGUUAUUGUUAUUCUAAUAGGAUUCAUAUUUCUACAAUGCACUCUUAAUCAAACAGUGUUUACACAUGGAAUUUAUUCCCACAGGUAAGAAUACAAACACCUUUCCUAAAGGUCUUAAAGAUAAACAAGCUGUGUUGUCAUUUCUGUUUAGAAGAUCACUAACGGUUUGAAUUCUGUAAAAGGUAA